CAACGACAAGAAGGGUUUUGCAAUUUCCAAUUCCGUCUCUUGAGUCGCCAAAAUCAUAUCAUCACAAGAAUUAAAAAAAGGAAAAGAAAAGGAGGUGGUUUAAAUUAAAACUGAUCAGGAAGAAAUGCAAUCUCUCUAUGGGAGAAUUAGAUUAAUCACUAACCACGCCUUAAAAUCUUUUGAUUCUUCAACCACUUCUAGGUUUGUUGUUUCCUCUCGGUUAAUUCCUUCUCAUUUCUCGACAAAAAGUUAUGGUUCUUUGAGAGAAUUACCUGUUUCAUGCAAACGUACUGGCAUAAUCUCAGUAGCAUCAGCCUACAAAGAGUCUAGGCCAAGCUUAUUGAUGGGGGGCCAACUGGUACCCUGCUUGAUUAGUAGGGGAGUUACUACAUUGGAUGAUUCACUUAAAUCUGAUCCACAAGAGGCUUCUGCUGCUACUGAGGUUCCAUCACGCAUUAAAUUCAAGAGGCUCGAUAAAACUGCCAGGCACAUUAUGCAGAUACUUGAUAAAGAAGCAGUGCAGGAAGUCCGGUCACAAAGAGAGAUACCUGAUAUAAGGCCAGGUUAUAUAAUCCAGAUGAGAUUGGAAACACCUGAGAACAAAAGACGGGUAUCGACAGUGAAAGGAAUAGUCAUAGCGAGACGCAAUGCAGGUCUAAAUUCAACAAUCAGAAUAAGAAGACUUGUUGCAGGAGUUGGGGUUGAGUCGCUACUACCACUAUACUCACCAAACAUCAAAGAGAUAAAGAUUUUGGACAAGAAGAAAGUGAGGAGGGCGAAGCUUUACUAUCUCAGGGACAAGAUGAACGCACUCCGGAAAUAGAAACCACCAGUUUGCUAGCAUUGAAAGCGAGGGGCAUGCCCUAGUGGGUGAGUUCAGUUGGGUUGCUGUGCAGCAACCAUUAUUUUUGCUUAUUGAAUUAUAGAAUCUUAAAUUUACUCCCUUCUUGCUUUAAGAAUGUUAUAAUGAAACCAAUCAUCUAGUUAAUAAUUGCAACCCUAAGUGUAGUGAUGUGUCUUUCUAACAUCUAUAUGGAGUUAUUUUGGAUUUUA